AUGUCGAGUCUUCGCAAGCUUGCAGCUGCUGCUGUGUUAGCAGUUGCUGCGGCACAAGUUGUCAAUGUGCCAUUGACCAAGCGCGACCUGACCUACGAGCAGACCGUGGAUGCCAUUCACCAGGGUGCUGAGAGGUGGGAGGCCCGUUUGGAUGGUGGCAAGGAUGACCCCAUUGUGAUUGACGACUACCAGAACGCCCAGUACUACGGAGAGAUUUCCGUGGGCACACCUGGCCAGAAGGAGAUGGUGAUUUUUGACACUGGAUCUGCAAACUUGUGGGUGCCAAACACCAAGCCAUUCCUGUCUCGGAAGAACAUCUACGAUCACUCGAAGUCCUCGACCUACAAGAAGAAUGGCACCACCUUUGCCAUUCAGUAUGGGUCUGGUCCUGUAUCUGGUGUUUUCUCAGCCGACACUGUGACCAUUGGUGACUUGAAGUUGCAGGACUACACCUUUGCAGAGGUUGACAAGACGUCUGGCUUGGGCUUGGGAUAUCGUCUUGGCAAGUUCGACGGCAUCCUGGGGCUGGGAUGGGAUUCCAUCUCGGUGGGACAUGUGCCAACACCUAUGAAUGCCUUGGUGCAAUCUGGCCAGUUGCCUGAGCCAGUCUUUGCAUUCUACCUUGGCAACAAGCAGCCAGGUGAGUUGGUCUUUGGAGGUGUUGAUCCCAAGCACUACACCGGAAGCUUCUCCUUCGUUCCUUUGAGCUCUGAGUCCUACUGGGAGAUCAACUUGGACGGCGUGAAGCUGGGAUCAGACUCCGUCUCCAGCACCAAGAGUGCCAUUGUGGAUUCUGGUACUUCUCUCUUGGCAGGACCCAAGUCGGAGAUCUCCAAGAUUGCAACAAAGCUUGGAGCCAAGUCCGUCUUGGGCAGGGAGUAUGUGGUGGACUGCAGUGCCAAGUUGCCAGACCUCACAUUCACCCUGGGUGGCAAGGACUACACUUUGAAGCAGGCAGAUUUGAUCCUGCAAGCAUCGGGUUCUCAGUGCAUUUUGGGACUCACUGGUCUUGAUGUGCCUCCACCCCGUGGUCCUUUGUGGAUCUUGGGUGAUGUGUUCAUGCGCAAGUACUAUGUCCAGUUUGACUGGGGCAAGAAGCGUUUAGGUUUUGCAACCGCAGCACAGGCCACGGUUGUCAAGAUGCCAUUGACCAAGCGCGACCUGACCUACGAGCAGACCGUGGAUGCCAUUCACCAGGGUGCUGAGAGGUGGGAGGCCCGUUUGGAUGGUGGCAAGGAUGACCCCAUUGUGAUUGACGACUACCAGAACGCCCAGUACUACGGAGAGAUUUCCGUGGGCACACCUGGCCAGAAGGAGAUGGUUAUUUUUGACACUGGAUCUGCAAACUUGUGGGUGCCAAACACCAAGCCAUUCCUGUCUCGGAAGAACAUCUACGAUCACUCGAAGUCCUCGACCUACAAGAAGAAUGGCACCACCUUUGCCAUUCAGUAUGGGUCUGGUCCUGUGUCUGGUGUUUUCUCAGCCGACACUGUGACCAUUGGUGACUUGAAGUUGCAGGACUACACCUUUGCAGAGGUUGACAAGACGUCUGGCUUGGGCUUGGGAUAUCGUCUUGGCAAGUUCGACGGCAUCCUGGGGCUGGGAUGGGAUUCCAUCUCGGUGGGACAUGUGCCAACACCUAUGAAUGCCUUGGUGCAAUCUGGCCAGUUGCCUGAGCCAGUCUUUGCAUUCUAUCUUGGCAACAAGCAGCCAGGUGAGUUGGUCUUUGGAGGUGUUGAUCCCAAGCACUACACCGGAAGCUUCUCCUUCGUUCCUUUGAGCUCUGAGUCCUACUGGGAGAUCAACUUGGACGGCGUGAAGCUGGGAUCAGACUCCGUCUCCAGCACCAAGAGUGCCAUUGUGGAUUCUGGUACUUCCCUCUUGGCAGGACCCAAGUCGGAGAUCUCCAAGAUUGCAACAAAGCUUGGAGCCAAGUCCGUCUUGGGCAGGGAGUAUGUGGUGGACUGCAGUGCCAAGUUGCCAGACCUCACAUUCACCCUGGGUGGCAAGGACUACACUUUGAAGCAGGCAGAUUUGAUCCUGCAAGCAUCGGGUUCUCAGUGCAUUUUGGGACUCACUGGUCUCGAUGUGCCUCCACCCCGUGGUCCUUUGUGGAUCUUGGGUGACGUGUUCAUGCGCAAGUACUAUGUCCAGUUCGACUGGGGCAAGAAGCGUUUAGGUUUUGCAACCGCAGCACAGGCCACGGUUGUCAAGAUGCCAUUGACCAAGCGCGACCUGACCUACGAGCAGACCGUGGAUGCCAUUCACCAGGGUGCUGAGAGGUGGGAGGCCCGUUUGGAUGGUGGCAAGGAUGACCCCAUUGUGAUUGACGACUACCAGAACGCCCAGUACUACGGAGAGAUUUCCGUGGGCACACCUGGCCAGAAGGAGAUGGUGAUUUUUGACACUGGAUCUGCAAACUUGUGGGUGCCAAACACCAAGCCAUUCCUGUCUCGGAAGAACAUCUACGAUCACUCGAAGUCCUCGACCUACAAGAAGAAUGGCACCACCUUUGCCAUUCAGUAUGGGUCUGGUCCUGUGUCUGGUGUUUUCUCAGCCGACACUGUGACCAUUGGUGACUUGAAGUUGCAGGACUACACCUUUGCAGAGGUUGACAAGACGUCUGGCUUGGGCUUGGGAUAUCGUCUUGGCAAGUUCGACGGCAUCCUGGGGCUGGGAUGGGAUUCCAUCUCGGUGGGACAUGUGCCAACACCUAUGAAUGCCUUGGUGCAAUCUGGCCAGUUGCCUGAGCCAGUCUUUGCAUUCUAUCUUGGCAACAAGCAGCCAGGUGAGUUGGUCUUUGGAGGUGUUGAUCCCAAGCACUACACCGGAAGCUUCUCCUUCGUUCCUUUGAGCUCUGAGUCCUACUGGGAGAUCAACUUGGACGGCGUGAAGCUGGGAUCAGACUCCGUCUCCAGCACCAAGAGUGCCAUUGUGGAUUCUGGUACUUCCCUCUUGGCAGGACCCAAGUCGGAGAUCUCCAAGAUUGCAACAAAGCUUGGAGCCAAGUCCGUCUUGGGCAGGGAGUAUGUGGUGGACUGCAGUGCCAAGUUGCCAGACCUCAUAUUCACCCUGGGUGGCAAGGACUACACUUUGAAGCAGGCAGAUUUGAUCCUGCAAGCAUCGGGUUCUCAGUGCAUUUUGGGACUCACUGGUCUUGACGUGCCUCCACCCCGUGGUCCUUUGUGGAUCUUGGGUGACGUGUUCAUGCGCAAGUACUAUGUCCAGUUCGACUGGGGCAAGAAGCGUCUGGGCUUUGCAACCGCAGCACAGGCCCAAGAAUCUUCCGUGGUGCUCUUGCCUCGGUCGGUUGAUUUACGUUGUGUCAGUUCAGCGGAGCUGCUGAGCAUUUUCCUGGGCGUUUCAAAGCUCGGAGUGGCCACAGCGCCACAUAGAGAGGGCGGGCACGAUUUGAUGGAACCGUCCUACCCACAGAGAGCAAGCGCUGCUCAAAGCCAGCCUUUCCACUCCAAUCUCUUCAGUGCAACCCAUGAUCGCAAGAUGGAAAGAGAGACACCAAGAGAGAGAUGUUUCUGGGUCUCUGACCUGGCAAUUGGCCCAUGGUUGGCAGAGCACCGUAGACGCCAGUGCGGGGUGCAUUGCCGGACCCGUCCUUUUGGCCGUGGGACCAAGGCGCCGUUACAGCACAGCUUAGUGGUUUCAUGGCCGCAUGUCGGCGUCUCCCGGGAUGCCUGUGGCGACCCGACCUGGACGGGUCACCAUGGCUGGGAACACGAGCGCCUUGGCAGAUUGGACUCACUCACGGCCUCCGACUUGCUGUCAGCCUUUGUGCCCAAUGGACUCACGGAACCUUUUGGAAAGAGAUGGAAGGGUUGUUCCAGGGGUGCAGAUGAUGAUUCCCGGAUGCGGCAAAUAUGGCGGAGCUUGAAGGAUUUGGGGCUUUCCAGACGCUUGAUUUCAGUUGAGAAACCUUCUUCGAAAGUGGUUGACUUCGACAGCGCUUCGGGCCGUGCCUUGUCGUUGGAGGAUUUCUACCACCUCGCACAGGCAGCGGAGUCUGCCAUGUUCCUUCGAGAACAGCCCGCCCGACAGGAGCUUCACAUGUCUUUCCGUGCACAGCGGCUGGUGUCGGUGUUUCAUGCCUUGGAUGUGAAUCAGGGCUCAGCACCAGUCACCUUCGCCAUGCCACCCCGAGCAGCGGACAAGCCUUACACUGGCGAGGAGUUCAAAGGUCAAGGCAGUGGAGCUGGAGACACGUUGGCGAAAGUGGGGCUCUUUGUGUUCUUCGUGUUCACACGUGCCGUUCAUCCGACCGUCAUCGAUGCAUCAAAGAGUGUCGACCCAGAGACAGGCAAGAAAUACUUUGCCUACGGCAAGAUGACCGUUGUUUUGGGUGAGACCGUCGUCACCAUUGUAGUGGCACAGUUGAUGUGUUUGGUCCUAGGUGGCCAGAAGGAAUGGCGGAAGAUUUGGGAGCCGAAACCAAUGAAGAUCUUCUCUGUGAUCGGCUUCCUGUACCCGAGCUCUGAGAUGGGCUGA